AUGUUGUUCUACUUUCUGUUCAGAGUGGUUAGUGCCACAACCGCCUUUCUCUAUCCUGGGUAUGCAUCGUACAAGGUGCUCUCCCAACGGCCUGCUGCAGAAGAAGAGCUGGAGCGAUGGCUGAUGUACUGGAGUGUCCUCGGCUGCAUCGUCGCGGUAGAAUACGUCGCCGAGUGGCUCGUCUCCUGGCUCCCCUUCUACUACACCAUCAAGACCAUCUUCCUGCUCUACCUCGCCCUCCCGCAGACGCACGGCGCGACGUACCUCUACCGCGCGCACCUCCGCCCGUUCUUCGCCGCGCACGAGCGCGAGAUCGAUUCCGCGCUCGCCCAGCUCAAGACGUACAUCUACGCGUCCCUCCAGCGCGUCCUCCGCGCCGCCUGGGAGCACGUCUCCGGCACGCUCCGCCAGAUGAACAUCCCCGUCGCAGGCCCCGGCUCCGGCUCCGGCUCGGACGCGAAUGCGCAGGCGGGCGCAGCACCGCUACCUUCCCUCGGAGACCCCGUUUCGGGCCCUGCGCAGCUCGCCUCGGGUCUCUGGAGCACAUAUGGCCCUAGCGUCCUCGCGUCGGGCGCAGCGCUCCUCCGCCAGGCACAGGCGUCCGCCGCACAGGCCGCAAACGCCAACGCAGGUGGGCACGCGCGGCGAGACGAGCUCGCAUCCGAGGCGCAGGCUCCGCCGUACGACCUCUCGGAGCCGGGCGUGCCGGUGGCCGAGGCGAACAACCCCUCGCGAUCGUCAUCGUCGGGCUCGCUCCGCCAGCGGACGGACAACGGGCGCUCGACCUUUGAGGAGGUCGAGGUGCCGAGUGACAUGGAAGGCGAGGGCGAGGGUGAGGGACGCCCUGCGCCUCAGCAAAGGCGGACGAGCUGGUUCGGGUGGGGCUCGUCGGGCGGGUAUGAGCGGGUGAAGAGCGAGUGAGAUGAUUGAGACGGCCCUGUGCGUGUGUAGAUAACGGCGUGUACCAUAUAGCGGCGGACUUGCAUCAUGGAUUCUGAGCGUGUAAUACUAUUCUACGGGCAUGUAUUUAUUGUCUGUCUCUGCAAUCGCUGUCGUGGUUCAGUCAUCUUCGCUGGAACAUCAAAAGCGGUCAGGGUCAGCCCGUACAACCGCUCAAGUGGGAAGUAGCACUGAGCGUGCACGGCCGACCAUGUAUUUCUCACCUUCACGAAUGCAUGCGGGUGAAGGCU